AUGAUAAAAAGUCUCCAAAAACGAAAGCUAACCACUACAUCCCCCAAAUAUACUACGAUUACACACGUCCUCGCAUCGAUCCCAUCUCCUGUCUUAGUGUCCUCACCACCUUCCACAAGUAUCAGCGGGGCGACCAACUCUCCAAAGCGCGCAACUGGAUACGAGAUAUUCUUCUCCAUCGCGCAUAUCUGCACCGCAGAAUGGUUUUUCUUCUGGGUGUAUCGAUUUAUCAAACAUAGCACCUACGAUCCCAACGUCCAAGAACAAUUUACAUCACUUCUCAAAAAGCGAGUCCAGGAACGGGUUGGGAUGCCUGGUGAUGCGCUGGCGCUGGCAAUGCGUCUGAUGGUCUGUGGGCUUGUGGGUGUGUGGAAUUAUCAGGAUAUGUAG